AUGAGUAUCUCCAAUUGUAAACGAGAUAGAGGAAUUGUUUCACCUGCACCUUUUAUUGAAGCUCCAUCUUUGUCUUGUAAUGAAGAUAAUUAUAUAGAAAAUCUGAGGAAUGUUAAAGCAAACAUUGUGACUUUAUUGAGUAAUGUAAAAGGAUAA